AUGAAGCGCUUCUUUUCGCGCAAGAAACUCCGAAAAUCGAAGAGCGAUUUCACGGGUGAGAAGACGGAACCAGAGAGACACGAACAUGAGAAUGGAGCAGCGGGUGGGGCGCCGGUGCCAACGGAACCAGUGCCGAUUCCACAGUCAAAGUCGACGAAUAUAGUAAACAAUGUAUCCCACUCCUACGGUGACGACUACGACGCCGUGUGCUCCUCAAUCGGAGAAGAGUCGCGGAAGAACUUCGACGCCCAACUAGACAAGCAUAUGAUGCAAACGAUUACAGAUGUCAAAUACAUGAUUAAACAUAGUAAAUAUACCGCUUUAAGCGAAGUAAAUUUCCAGCGAGCAUGUCUAGAUGCUCACAACGAGUGUAGGCAGAGAUAUGGAAACGAGAAUUUGUGUUGGUCCACCGAGUUGGCAGAGAUGGCUCAUGCAUGGGCAGUGAAACUGGCGGAUCGGGGAAGAAUACUGUAUCCGGAGUUGCCGGGAAUCGGCGAGAAUCUGAUAUUGAAGGAGGCUAAUGAGCAGUCACAUCUGCCUACCGGGCAGGAGGUUAUUCAGGAAUGGGAGAAGGAAGCACAGUACUUUGAUUUCGAUAAACCGAGAUGGAAUCCGAAGUGCCAACGAUUCUCUCAAGUCGUCUGGAAGGACACCACUGAACUCGGCGCCGCCCGUUAUUGGAACACGGCGAAUAACUGUGUGGCAGUCGUGUGCUUCUAUCGACCAGCUGGAAAUUCGAAUGCUCCUGGAGAGUUCGCUUCGAAUGUGCCAUCCCGUGACUGCUCGAUGUCACCUAUCCGGAAUCUGGGCACCCAACUGAAACGCCACGUCACGAUCUCCACACCUGAAAGAGCUGUUGUUUCAAAGUAG